AUGUUAUGGACCUGGUUCGUGGAAUUAAGUGAAUCGUUGUUUGGAGCUGGUGGUGAGGCCAGAGACUUGUCUGGACGGGAGUUGUGUGUGUCUCGACAGCACGAAAUUCGUUUUUGGUGUUUGCAAUGUUGCGAGAAACAGAUUUUGCGAAUUGGUAAUCAGCCGGCGGACUUGGCAACGAAGCGUCAGAUUGCUGAUGGUCUGUUGCAUACGUAUUUUGAGAAGUUGUUGCCGUGUGCUAGGGAGACUAGUGGCCGAGUCGAAGAGGAUCACGUGAUCUCUCGAGCUGUAUCAGUUUACGUCGCAUUAGUGGGUGCUGACUAUCCCCAGAGCCAGCCUGGUUUGUUUCAAGACUUUAUUCAGCUGAUUACCGACUCUCAUAAGGCUUACUCUCAACUCUCGGACGACGCGGGGGUUAAAUCGCCUGCAGGAUUGCGUCUGUUGACGUUGUGUGAAUUGUUCUUGAAAGUACUAAGUCAGUUGGACGCAAAUUUUAUUCGCAAUGAGUUAAACAGCCGGUCGAAGGAAGAGUUGGACCGAGCCGGUGUUAUAAAGGAUUGUAUGCGGGAGAAAUCAGCACAUGGUAAUUCAGUUGUAGAGAUGGUUAUGAUGUUAUUAUCAUCCAUAGUUUGUGGUGAUUUAUUUUCUUUGGAGCCUCGUUUGGCGGAAGUUGUUGGAGGUUCUGGUAGCAUUGAUGAUCUGGGCUGGUGGAUAAAGUUGAGUUGUUCUGCACUUCAAGUUUUCGGUCAGCUUUGCGUAUGGGUCGAUAUAGCUUUAUUACAAGAGCAAAGACUUCGGAUGUUUCUGGAGUUAGCACUGGAUAAUAAAUUUGGUUUGGUAUGUUGCCAAUCAAGCAUUGAGGCCAUUCAUGCUCUUGGAUACAAACGUAUGCACUACUGGGCCCAGUUUGCGUUGUAUCAGCGUUAUGGAAUGAUUCCUUUAUUGUUGAAAUCAUCCAAAUUAUUUACACUUAGUAAAGAUUUCGGUAUUGCUUAUGCACAGGCAUUAAAUACUGUUGGACUUGAAUUGACAGAGAACAUAGGCUUUAUUUCAAAGGAUAUAUUAAAUGGUGGAAUUUCUGGAACAGUGGUAAUUGAUGGAUUACAUCACGAUCAAGUGAAUCAGAUGCUACAAGUUGGUAUGACUGCCGAACCUAGUUUGGAAGAACAGAUGAAGAUGGAGGCCAUGACCUUAAACGACAUAACUACUCUGAUGAAAAUAUCACUCGAAAUGUUCGGGGGACAGAACUUACAGAUUGCAGAACGAAUCGCACCGUUCAUCAAGGACGCAGUACGGAUAUACCGACAAAGAAAGAAUAAUGUACUCGGCCGUGAAGUCGCCGCCGGAGUCCUACAAGCUUGUUAUGCACGAGUCAUAAUUCCUUUCAACCUUACUAACGACCAUAUAACUCACAACCUUGAACAGCUGGACUCCGAGGAACUGGUCGAGGAUGACGGGUCAGAAAUCUCCGAAUUUAUUGUGUGCCGAAAGACCGCCAUGCAGGUCUUCUACAAAGGAUUUAUGCUGGCCGUGGACCUUUCAGUCGCCCUCGAAUUUGUGGAGCAUCUAACGGCCAAAAACGAUUGUACUCUGCAAGAGUACGAGGCCAUGCUUCGUCUGCUCGCUUGUGCUUGGGAUUGCGACGCAGAAUUUCAACAUGAACGUAUCGAAGUCAAGACUUCCCUCUCGCUCUUGUUCCAAAAAAUUGCUUCAAAAAUCCUAGGUCAAAGACCACCAGCUGUGCCGGGAAAGUCAAUCAUCCCAGUGCCGUUGAUUGUAUCUGUGUUAGAGUGCGUCUCACGUGUCGUCCGCCGUGAGGAGCCGCAAGUGGGAGACAUUUUCCGCGAAUUCUUAGAGUCCAUUGUGCUGCCGAGUCUCGAUUGCGGUAGUCGACGCCUGUUCGCCUCCUUCGUCAGAGAAUUACUUCGUGCUGCGAAGCGACAGGAAUUGAUUAAAUGGCUUGGUGUAAACUGGAUCACAAAGCUCCUGAAUUCAGGCUUGCUGCGUACGGCCCCUUUGGACGUUGGAAUUCCUGUGGAUCGAGUGGUUCGUUUCGAGGAAGAUCUAGGUUCCAGUUCGAAUCUAUACGACCCGAAUAAUUUGGUCAAGGUCGACGAACAGAUCAAACUAUACGAGAUCGUUAGCUGCUGGAUACCGGUCGUGUCGAUUGAUGUAUGUAGGGCUUUAGUCCAGUCAAUUGGGAGUCAGAAUCUGGUUCCCAUUCAGCCUGGUACGAUGAGUGUAUAUGAUCAAAAUCGAGUGUUGGAAUAUGCUCAGCGUCAACUGCGGUGCUUUGCAGGAUUGUUGAAGAAGGUUAACUAUAAUGGUGAGCUGACCCAGCAUGUCCUGCAGCUGACUUGUGGAAUGUAUAAGACAUACCUCGGCUAUCCGCUGGUAAGUUUGGCGUCAAUCCCAGUCUUUAGACGUGUGUGUAAGACUCAAGAACAAAUGUGGAUGGCCUGUAGCCUUGUCUGCGAGUCAUUGCCCACCGUUGUUGUUGACGGACGCCGGAAAGCUUCCGGUGCGGCCCUGAGACAGCUGUGCCAGUUCUUCCAGUCCCUCAUUAUGGGCACGACCAAGUCACCUGCGACCUAUAUAUUUAUGGCACCUGCUGGCAAUCCCCAGUCAGACAUUUGCCUCAUCCUCCAUGUCAUGCAAGCAGCAACGUCAGUCUGGAGAGAGAUGUACAGGAGCUCCGGUGUCUCGGGAAUGACUGACAAAGAUGACUCCCAUCUCGCCGAGAGUGCAGAAACAUUCGGAGCCAUACUCGACAUCUACAUCCGCCUUAGCGAUCAAAUGCCUUUGGUCACCCUGCUCUGCUGGAUAGGCUCCGACGAAUAUUCCCUGACAUACCUCCUAGGCAGUGCAGCGGAGGUCGUCGGCAUGCCCACCAAGGAGCUGGCAAACUUGUGCCAAUUCGAAACCAACUUUGUCAAACAAACCCUGACCCACUCUCUAGACCCCUGCGUGGAGUUCGCUAGCUGCGUCCUCAAAUCAGCUAACCCUCCACUAAGGCUACCUGCGCCACUACGGGCCAAACUGGAAGCCGCGGCCAACGAAGGGAAGCUCUCAAAAGAGGCAUUGUACUCGACUCUUGGCAAAAUGGACCCACCGCUGUUCAUAGAAAACAUGAUCCGCUACGUAAUCAUGACUCCCGAAACCGCGGUCGACAGACUUCAUCGGAACCGAAUUCUGGAGCAUAUUACCGAGCUGCUUCGCGCGAUUCUGCAAAACCAAACCGCAAACGCGUGCUGGAGACCACAACUAUCCAAGUUAUUCGAUGGAGAAUUACUCAACAUUAUUGCUGAGACCAGCGACAAAAACAUUGCGGCUCAGACGUUGACGGCAUGGUUGAUCAAAUCAUGCAAAUAG